GACGAAACUGGCUUCGAGUACUUCGUGUACUUUGUGCGUCGCAGGCCCAUGUUCGAGCUCGUGCAGCUCAACGAUGGCGAGGUAUCCCAACUUGGCACCUUCGUCGACGAGUCUCAGGCCCUGACCGCAGCAAGCGAUGCGGCAGGUCGGCAUCAGCAAGAAGUGGCUGUGCGCCCUCUGAGCCAGUCCCGGCUUUGA